AUUUCAGUGAUAAUGCUGAAGAUUUUAAUGAUCCUUUUGAAAGAUUUCUACGGCGUAAGAAGGAUGAAGAAGAAAAAGUUAUCCAAGGUAUUCAUCUUCACAGCAGCCGUGGUACAAAGCUGAUCAGUAUGACAGACUUUGCCGGACAAGUGGCUUAUUACGCAUGUCACCAGGUUUACCUGUCAAGGAGAGCGUUUUAUAUCGUGGUUAUUGAUAUGUCCAAGGGUUUAGAUGAAGAAGUUAGAAUUUACCACACUGAUCGACAUAACCCAGAAGGAUCAUUAUUCCAUACCUGGAAAUACAAAGACUAUUUUCACUUCUGGUUGCAAUCUAUACAGACAUACUGUGAUGUUGGAGAAACACGCACAAUCCAGGAAAACGCAGACUCAAGAUCGAACGUUCAUCCUGUUAUUAUUGUUGCUUCUCAUGCAGAUGAAGUG